AGAAAUAAAAAGGGAAAUUAAAAAAUAAACAAAGAAGUAAAAGGAAAAUAAAACAUAUAGGCAAACCCAAGCGGUAGAAACAGUUUAAGAAAUUCUGAAGGAAGGUGUUAACGUCUGCAUGAUGUUGUCGUUGGUUGUCCUUCUUGGAGCUGCACUGUCUGUAACUGAGGGUUGGAGUGAGAAGGCGGAGGUGCUAGUGGAACCUGGCUCUCAGGCAGUACUGCCCUGUGUGACGAGUGUGCCGGUUGGGAACGGUGUCACCGUUCAGUGGAUCAAGGUCAGCGGCAGCAUUCAGACCACUGUGUGGAGGAUCGAGCAAAGCGGGCUGGAGUUUCGGGGGGUGGGGCCAGGGGAACGGUCAGACUGCCCCCACAACUCCUUUGUGAAGGGGGACUUCAGCCUACAUAUAGACGACGUGAGGGAAGAAGACGGAGGAGAGUACAUCUGCAGGGCGGGGCAAGGAAAAUGGCAGAUCCAGCAUCUAGUUGUUCUCCGAGUGAUUCAAGUGUCUUUCACGCCAGCGCUCCCAGUGGAAGGCAGUGACGUGAAAGUGACUUGCAAAGUCACCCCAUUGCUGAUGCAGGCCAGUGUGAGCUGGCUGCUCAAUGGGAAGCCAUUCCCCUCGGCCCAGAUGCAAACGGCUGCCAGGAGGUACACGCCAGAACUGCAGAUUCGCAGCAUGUCUCCACAGGAGAUGGGAAACUGGACAUGUAUAAUCGGGCUCUGGGGGAAGGAAGAAGGAAAGGCCACGCAGUCCCUUUCUAUGAGAGGUUUUGUCAGUCCUGCUAGUCCUCUGACCCAGGUUUAUGCUGAGGUGGGCUCUGCUGUAACUCUCCCAUGCGUGGCCACUGAAGGUGUCACAAGUACUUUCUGGGAGAAAGAACAGGGCGGGACUCUCCCACCUUCUGUCCAGUCUUCCCCCCUCCCCUCUCGGCCACCCAGGGACUGUUCUCUGAGUGUAGGGAGGGUGGAGGAGGAGGACAGCGGGGUGUAUAGGUGUUUCAGCACAGUGGAGGGCAGGACAGUUCAGAGACGGCUGCAGCUGGUGACAGCCCAAGUGCGAAGCAGAGCCUCGGAGAAAUCCAAUGCCCCCGUGACACUGACCUGUCACCUCAGCGAUGAGAGAGGAGUGACUAAGUACGAGUGGGUACGAGUGACCUACGAUGUCAACGGCACCCAAAGAGUAACCUCACUGAAAUGGGCAAAGACUUUUAAGAUACAGAAAAUGACAGAGGAGAACUCUGGUGAAUGGGCGUGCCGUUAUUAUGGGAAAGAAGGAAUUCUUGGAAAUGCCACUUAUCAUGUACCAGCCCUGAGUCGUCUGGAGGGAGAAAGAGCGGCAGGAAGUUCUGGUAAAGCUGUCACAAUAACUGGCCUUACCUUCUUCAUCUUGGUGAUGCUUUUGAUUGCCUUCCAGAUGUACAAAAACCACCGCAGGCGGAAGAUGGCCUUGCAAUACCCUGCCCUUGAAACCAUUGUUCACUCUUCCUUCAAUGCCCGGGAGCAACAAGAGAGGAACAGAGCAAGAGAGAAAGAGCAAAGCCAACAAGCAGACGUCUAAUGGCAGCAUACUGUGUGAAUUAAACUACCAACAUCUCUGAAAUAUGUGAUAAGCCGAAACUUUUUCAUUCAGGA